UCCUAUGCUUGCCAUGUUGCUUGCAGGUAAAACUGAGAGUCAGGUAUAGUGCACUGGAAGUAGUUUAUCAGAGUCAGCCUGUAAAAGUGCUGUUCAGACCAUGCUUUCACAAUGCCAGAUGAAAAGAAUAAAGAUGAUGAGGAGGAUGAAGAGGAUGAGGAGGAUGAAGAAGAUGAAUAUGAGAGCGGCUCUGGAAGAACAGGCAAAUCUCGCUCAUUAGUAACCAGUUUUCUCAACACUGUAAUAUCAGUUUUUUGGCGAAACUGGGGCUGCUUCGGAGGAGUCCAGAUGCUGAACAUCCCGAGCCAGUCGUUCCCAGCGCCGGGCUCCCAGCAGCGUGUCGCUCCGGCUGGCCAGUCCGGGCGGAACAAGGUGGCCUUGAAGCCAGGUCACAGUCUAAUGGACUGGAUCCGGUUUGCCAAGAGUGGGCGAGACCUGACUGGGCUGAGAGGACGUCUGAUUGAGGUGACAGAGGAGGAGUUGAAGAAACACAACACACGAGAUGACUGCUGGACAUGCAUACGAGGCAUGGUUUACAAUGUCACCCCCUACAUGGACUACCACCCUGGGGGAGAGGAGGAGCUGAUGAGGGCAGCUGGGAUAGACGGCACUGACCUGUUUGACCAGGUACAUCGGUGGGUAAACUAUGAGUCCAUGCUGAAAGAGUGCCUUGUGGGCAGGAUGGCUACUAAAGCCAGUGUAGCUGUCAAAGGUAUGCUUCCACCUCCAGCACCGGCUGGCCUUGCCCCUCCUCCCUCGGUGGCUUCUCGUCCAGACAAAGAUGCCAGGCCGCGGUAUGACUGGUUCCAAACUGAUGUGACUGUCAAUCUGGUUGUUUAUACAAAACGGAAGAUCCCGAGCUCAGGCUGUACCAUCGCUGACCUACAAGGAGGUGUCUUACGACUAGAGAUGCUAUUGGGAAAAAUGUCCUACAUGCUGCAUUUACGUCUAGCUGAAGAAGUAGUGGGAAGCGUGGCUGUGCAGACAGCAUUUGCGGUGGGAAAGAUCCAGAUCAGCAUACGCAAGCAGGCCAAAGGGAAAUGGGCGAGUUUGGGUCAACCACUGGAAUUUCACAACACACUUUUGCUCAAAAAAGAUCGAGCUGUCUACUAUCGAGAUUGUGUGUUGGUGUCGAAGACAGAGGUCAACCAUAACACCCAUGUGUUCAGAUUGCAGCUUCCACAUGGAAGUGUCAUGCAUGUGCCUGUUGGGAAACACGUCUACCUCAAAUCCCUCAUCCAAGACAGCGAGGUGGUGAAGCCAUACACUCCAGUAGAUCAGACUCUCGUAGCAGCCUCUCACACCUCCACACAGGAACCUGACCUCUUCCUCAUGAUUAAAGUCUAUCCUGAUGGACUCCUCACCCCACACCUCAACAGUCUGCACAUUGGUGACCAUAUAUCUGUCAGUGGUCCAGAGGGUCCCUUCAGUCUCCGCCCUCUUCGUGAUGUCACACAUCUCUACCUAGUAGCUGCGGGCACAGGGUUCACGCCCAUGGCUCGCCUCAUUCGAUUUGCCCUGCAGGAUCUGAGCACGAUAAGAAUAACCAAGCUGCUCUUUUUUAACCGAGAAGAGAAAGACAUUCUGUGGCACUCUGAACUGGAUGAACUGGCUGCUAAAGAUGAGAGGUUCCAGGUGGAAUACAUCCUCUCUGAGCCUUGUGAUAGCUGGACUGGCAGGAAGGGCCGGGUGGAUGAGCCCAUGCUGAAGGAUUCCCUCGACAGGCCGGACGGGUCCAAAUGCUACGUGUGUGUGUGUGGUCCUACUGCCUUUACGGAGCUAACAGUCCGGCUGGUGAGGCAGCUGGGCUUCAGUGAAGAGGAGAUCCACGCCUUCCAGGGCUGAUCAGCUCUGACACAAACCAAACUCAGCCAGCACUGUGUGUCUGUGUAUGUGUGUGUGUGUGUGUGUGUGUGUGUGUGUGUGUGUGUGUGUGAGAAUGAGAGUAUGAGCUGUAACUUGUCAACUUCUGCUUGUCUUAAAUGAAAGGAACAUGACUUUCUAUGCACCGAGCUGGACCUGAUGACGCUGACAGUGGAAAAACCAACACAACCUGGGCUUUCAUAGUAUUUUGUAGAAAAUUAGAAAAUCCACUUUACAAUAAGAAAUCACUUACGCCAUUCUUAUGAUCAAGGAUAGUUCAUUUCACAUUUAUGAAAAUGACAAGUCUCCCCAAACUAGAAAUAGCUCGAGGUAAGAAUAUCAACUAAAUACAUAUAAUGUGGAUGUUACUGACAAAUCGGGGGGCAUAUUUCCUUAUUAUGAAAAUGUAUUGAAUCCUGUGAGGAUAUUGGGCCACUGCAGUGGCAAAAAGUAACAGGAAACAGCAAAGAAAAGUAGAACAAAAAUAAGAAUAAAGCAAGUGGGGUUAAAAAAAAGAAUUACAGUAUAUAGAAAUGUGGGAAUGAAAAGUAAAAAUGAGUUAGAGUGUCCAAAAUAAUAGGAUAACAUACAGAGACAGAAGAGAAAUGAACAAGUGAAUGGAAUAUGUACAAUAUGAAAAUAUACCAAGAAAUGAAGUAUAUGCAGUAUGAAAUAAGUGACAAAUAAUAUUAACCCUUAAAUGAAUUGACCUUUGGUAGAGUGUUGGGCUGUAUAAUCCCCAGGGUGAGCCAGGGAACUGUACACCCCAACACUACCAAAGUUUAGCUUUACACUGCCCCAUUGACGGUACGUGGCUCACAGCCCUGUGCAGACCCCUCAUGGUACCAGGGUGAUAUCAGCAUGUUCCACACAGCUGGAAGCAGUGCAGUGAAAUACAUAAUGGUGAAGUAUUUAUAUUUUUAUUUAUUUGAUCUGUCAUCGCCUCCAGAUAGAAAUCUAUGCUUCCAUUUCCUGGCUUUUGGGAGAGGUUUUAUGUUGCUAAAUCUUGACCUGUGGAAAGAACUUUGUUUGUUUGUUUGUUUGUUUUUAAAGUAAUGUUUUUUUUGUUUGUUUGUUUGUUUGUUUGCUAGGCCAGUUCCAUCAGGAUUUGUCAAGGCUAUUUUGUAACCAUACAAGCCCAAAAUAUAGUUCAUUUUGUGACAGAAGCUUUUUGAAAAAUAUCAUGCUAUUUGCAGUAUUUUGUGUGGUAUUACAUAAAAAUUACAAAUGUGCGAAUGAUUUCAUUUUCUAAAUUGCAGAUUAGCAGCAAAAUGUGUAUUUUCUCCCCAUAUUUAAUAUAAGGGGAGAAAGUUAAAAUAAGAAAGUAGAAGUUGCAGUCACUCUCUGUCUCUCAUCCUGCAUAUCUACAUAUCUCUCUUUCUUCACUCUUUCUGUUUAGGCACACACACACACACACACACAGACACACAUAAACACAACAGUUUGGAUUUGAGCAUUUCAUGUGGCAAUACUGUGGAGAGCAAACUCAUGCAGUUUGGUUCAAUUUGCAUUCAUUGUCGUGACUGAAAGAUAGUGAAAUCCUGGAGGGACUGCUGAGCUCUCAUUGCUGCAGUGUUUCUGCACUGCACUUCCCAUAAGUCACCUGUCAAUCAAACAGUACUGCAAUGUCUUUUGCUUGCAAAUAUGUGAAAUUAGCAAAUCAGCAAGCUAUGCGAUGACCUAAUGGUGUGCUAUUAGUGGGAAAGCUGCCUACUGUGACCACACUGGUCAAAAAAUGAAGCCUCUUUGUGCCUACCAUGGUCAUACGUAAGGAAAUUCUAUGUAAAUUUCAUUAUUUAGCCUAUGUAACUUUUAUUUGUUGGAGAGGCCACAUAAAUCAAGAUUGUGCCCCAUUCAUGACUAACUCCUGCUAGUCAUUGCAGCACAUAUAAGACCCCUUGAAAGGAGCUUUAAAAGAUUUUAAUAUCUGAUGCAAGACACAGCAGGAGUUAGUCACAAGCAAGAGAGUCCCAGAUUGUCCAGGUCAGAUCAGCUGUAAGCAAAUGCACAAGCUUUCAUGUACUUUGCCACUUUUAUAUGGAAUAGAGUGGCAAAAUGGACAUUUUUAUUUAUAUGAGAAUAUUAGGAAUUACUACCUAAAAUAAAACACAUGAUAGCGCACUGACGCAUGAAGCCUUCCUUAUAAAUACAGUUCCUGCGGGAAGUGUUGAAUCACGCACAAAGAAAUGCCAAGUUCAGGUCCAGCCAUCAGCUCUCAGGUUCCAGUCAGUGUUCUCUUCAAACCAGUAGCGUCCAGUCCUGUGCUGUGGAGAAAUCUGCAGGUUUUCCUCCCAACCAGUCUGUGCAGCAGCUCCUUUCAGUGGUUAACACACUAACCAGACUGGAGGAACUAGUUAGUGAAGUGUGGUUGAAAUGAAAACCUGCAAACUGUCCAGUAACACAGAGCGGGACACAGCUGGUUUGGAGGGAUCUGGUUUACAGCUUCAGUAUACACUGGUCGCUCUGUAGCUCACUGUUCAGAAUAGUGGUAGCUGGUUUAACCCUUUGAAACCUGAGCAAAUUCACUUGAUUUCUAUCAAAAUCAUGGGAAAAACGGUGAUAAGAAAAUUAGCCAACAUUACCACCUGUGGGUUCCUGGGUUUCAAAGGGUUAAUAUCGAACAUGCUGCAUACUGUACCUCUGUGUUAUCCUUGUUUCAUGCAUAGACUCUGAAGUCAUUUCACUGUGUCAUGCUUAUUACUGACGUGUGUACUGGUGAGUGGGGCCAUUACUGUCCAUUUAUUAAACAUUGGAUUUCCACCA